AGAGUGAAUGCUAUUUGGAGUAAACUCUGUGAGGGAGAGGAGAGGGUGAGUGAGAGGUAUAAGUGAAAUAAUGGGAGAGUUUAUAUGAGAGAGUUAUUAGAGAUUUGUUUGAGUUGUGAGAGAGAAGUGAGAAUACGUGAGAAAGAAGAUCGAUAUCUAGUAUAGAGUAUAACGUUAUAUAGAAUUACGCUCUCAUUGUAAGACUGAAUGGAUUCGUUGAAAAAAUAAUAAAAUGUCGUUAUGUUUAGUCUAUAUAUCACUAAAUCGUUUCCAUUGACUAUUCCUUUAGUCAUAAUUUUGAUAGGAAUUAAGAAUUUAAUGUUUAGAGAUGUCGUCCAUAUGUUUCAUCUGUGAGCUACCGAUUCUCUCGCACCAGACAUGGGAUACAUGGACUCAACCCCAGCCUCUCGGCUGUCAACAAGAAUUGCCCAAUAUUUACCACGAAGACUGUCUUAAUUGCUGUAUAUGUGUCGCCAGAAUUAAACAGGGCAAUGGAUCGGCCAAAAGGCACGGCAACAAAGUGUACUGCGCUCUACAUUACGGAGACAUAUGUGGUCUGACGGGUGGCGAAGAUUUUAUGGGAAAAUUGAAGGAAUUUAAACGUCAAAGUCUGGGAUGUGCUGAAGCCCGUAGAAAGAGCAGCACUACCUUAUCGUUUCCAAUUCCCGUCCAGGCCUGUCCAGGUUCUCCCUAUUGUACAGGAUUUCCACACAACGUUAAACCGACGGCCGGUUAUUGGAUUGAAUGUAAGGGCGGAACGCAUUCGGCAAACAUUGAAAACGAAAACGAUUUUGAAAUCAACUUAAAGACCAGAAAAGAGAGCAUUACUCUCGUAACGGGAGAUCUGAGUUCAUAUAGACCACAGCCGCCGACACCAACAGUAGAGGUGGUGUUGACUCGACCGAGACUUGAGAGACAGGACACCAGCAAAUCAACGAACGACGAGUAUUUUAGUCAAGACUCGUAUAAUUUCUUACAAAUUGAGAGUCAAAGACCGAAAACUAAAGAUGAUAUCGAGUUGUAUCGAAAGCCAUACGUACCCCCCGUCACGCCUAACAUCACAAUCACUAUAGUCCAGCCCACGUCACCCCCGGCCAGUCCGCCGGCGCCAUCACCGCCUCCGCCAUCCUCUCAGUCCAAGGAAGCGAAUCAACAGCAGACCAAAGAAAGUGAUGAUCCGUACGAAUUGAUCUCAUUUGAAGAAGAGAUCUUCGAGAAACACUAUUACGGACGCGAGCACUGGAACUACUUCACCAAUGAUGAGGCGUUGGGACCCGUCAUCCUCAGCCUUAAACAAGAGACCUUUGGAGGUCGCGACCAGUUUAGGAUAUUAUUGCGGACCAUCUCGUACUCAAUGCAUGGUUUAGUGCCCGCGUCAGCCAUUUUCGCAGAUCGUUACGAUAGGGAGGCAGUAGUCAGAGCGUUGGGCAAUGAGGCCGGCCUUAAACCUGCCCUAGCGUUGGGUCAGUUGCCCUCCACUUCUGACGAAUUACUUAAAUUAGAUCAAGUCUUCAUUAAAUCCGAAUUAAAAGUUGGAGUCAUUUAUAUAAAAGCAAAUCAAGUGAAUAGCGAAGAGACGAUUCUCAGUAACAAAACAGAAUCCCAUCUCUUCUCGGAAUUCCUGUCAAUACUCGGCGACAGAAUUAGAUUAAAAGGUUUCGACAAAUACAAGGGAGGAUUGGAUACGGUACACGACUUGACGGGAACCGAAUCAGUUUACACGGCAUUUAAGAAUAUAGAGAUCAUGUUUCACGUAUCAACAAUGCUUCCACACGAAGAGUCUGAUCCACAAAAGCUUCAGAAGAAGAGACAUAUCGGCAAUGAUAUCGUUUGCGUUGCAUUUCUUGAGGCAGAAGAGGCGCCCUUUUGGCCCGGAUGCAUAAAAUCCCAUUUUUUACACACAUUUAUUGUCGUCCGGACGAGUCCUAAGCCUGUAGAAGCGGGAGAGACGAGGAAAUACUCGGUAUCUGUCGUUUGUAGAGACGAAGUGUCGGCGUUUAAGCCUUAUCUUUGGCACGAAUCCGAGUUUGAAAAAGGCUCACAUUUCAGAGAGUGGUUACUGACGAAGAUUAUCAACGGAGAGAGAGCCAGUUAUUCUGCGCCCAAAUUUGCCAGAAUGCAGGAUCGCACAAGAAGUCAGAUGUUAGAAGACAUUGUAAAUAAUUUAGCCAAUCAUUUAGCCACCGGUCAAAUACCAAAGCCCUAUCGACGGGGAAGUUGGCGACCAAUCGGACACAUGAGGCCAUCGAGUCCUCUCUUAGACAGUGUUAGGGAUCUGUUUGAAGGUUACGAUCAAAUAGCAAAGGACUUCAACAACGCCUUCUACGGCAACGCGAAACUCUUGUGCGACGUUGUCUUCAAUGUGAUGGGAUCUCCAGUGAAUGGCGGCCACGAGAAUCAGGUCCGACGGAUAUACGCCGUCAGAGCUAUUCUAGCCAUAAGAAGUCGAGUCUUCCUGGAAAUGCUGUACGGCUUCGCAGCGCCGAAAGGACAGUCCAACGCCCCGGACGGACAGGUGGUGUCGCACACCAACGCCGCCAUCAGCGCCACAAUCGGCACGACUGCAGCGCAACAACAGACCAAUAAUCAGGAGAAGAAGCUUAAGAAAAGGGAUAGCAUUACAGAACAGGCGAAGAACGCCAUCACACAAGUUCUGGUGCCGCCGAAGAUCAUUGCGCCCAACAGUGACGCCAAGAAGAAGGAGAAGGACAACAGGAAAGCGUCGUCGGCGUCCACGAUGUCGACGACACCCUCAGCACAAAAAACUCCUACAUAUCUGACAGUUCCCGGAGCCAGCGGUGGCGGUGUCUUCAAAACGUUUAAGACGUUUAUGUCCGGCUCGUGGAGCGGUUGGGGCUCUAAGGGUCGCAACGAUAGUAUGAAACGAUGGCAAAGCGAAUCGUUUUAUGCAAAACUCGAGAGCACUGGUGUGGAAGUGCCGGGCCUUUCGGUCUGCGCCGAUGUCGCCAAAAUUGACAGAACAAAACUCGCACAAAACGAGUUCACAAUCAUCGAGUUCGACGGCGACACGUUUCAGCUGCUCAUUGAAUACCUGCACUCUGGCUCGUGUCCCAUCACUUGCGACACCGUUCCGGGCCUGAUCUGCGCGGCCGAGCACUUCGAUCUGCCCGACCUGUUACAGGCGUGCUUUCAUCACACCAAGACUCACCUCAAGCUGAAUGUUGUGCCCCGAAUGUUGAACCAAUUGGAGAACUACUAUUGGCGGUACACCAGCGCCAGCCAAUUGGUCAACACUAUCUUGAAUUAUGUGGACCCGAGGGCUAACGCUCUGUUCGCCCGUCAGGAGUACCUCCAGUUGAGUGAAUCCAUGUUACAAACGAUACUCACGCGACAGAACGUCAUCAUGAGUGAGACUAAGAAAUUUCAGGUCAUGUUUCAGUGGUCUCUACACAAAGUGAAGACCGACCGCACCGACAGACCCGACGCCCAGCGAAACGAUAAAAUCCAAACGACAAGAGUUAAUGAAUUGCAGGCCAUUAUGAAUAGAAUGACUCGCGAUCUCAAACUGCAUAAAAUACCGCCACAGGAUCUCAUCAAGAUAGUACUGCCAUCGAAGACAAUCAGUCACGAGAGGAUAUUAGCGACGCUUCUAUAUCAGGCGGACUCCGGAAUAUAUCGCAACUCAGAAUUUGGCAAUUGAUGUCUUUGUUGUCCACAAAAUGUUUGUUAUUUAUUGAUUGAUAGAAAGUUUAAAACAAAAUCUAUAAAAGCAAAAAACCGAGUUAUGAGUUGCAAAAAACGAUUACAAUAUAUAUAAAUUAUAUACAGUAUACAUA